CAUUUUGUGCAGCGGAGGAGGAAAGGAGGAGAGAGACUGCUGAGGAGGAGACAGAGGGGACCCUGAGACAACACGUCCCAAAGCCAGAGCCAGAGCCAGACAGCACAGGGAACUUUGAUUUGACGCCAAGUAUAGCCUGCGAUGAAAAGGACGAUGAAGAGAAAGAGCCACGUUUCUUCUUCUUCUUCUUCUUCUUCUUCUUCUUCUUCUUAUCGGGAGGUUUAGAUAUGUCGUGCGUGUGCAACAUAUGAUGUCCUUGGACUCAUAUGCUCAAUGAAGAUCUAUUUGUCUCUGGUUUCGCUCCUGUGUGCGCUGAUGGUGCCGCUUCGUUGAGGUUCAGCCAGAUGAAUGUGAAGGCGCUCUGAGCGCAUUGUUUCCAGCUCCUGUUCCAUUAUUAUGGGAUUUCCAGCCGCGAUGUCUGCAAUAUUCCGCUCUUUGUUUCUGGUUCUAUUCAGCCUGCUGUCAGCGGGUGCCCAGACUGAGAUGAAGAAGGUCGUUGGGGACAAUGCCACCUUACCAUGCCACCACCAGUUCCCGUCGUCCAACUCUCUCGACAUCGAGUGGCUACUGCAGAAACCAAACUCCAAACAGAAAGUGAUCAUUACCUUCUUUGGGGGCCAGGUGUACACCAAUGAGGGCAGCGAGGCCAGCCGUCUGUCCUUUGCUGGGGAGUACCUGGCCGGAGACGCCUCUCUGCUGAUCAGCGACCUGCUGUUGACCGACUCCGGGGAGUACUAUUGUAAAGUCAAGACUGGGGGAAAGUACCACUGGAGCCAGGUCAACCUCAUUGUGCUGGUCAAACCCUCCAAGCCGAGGUGCUGGAUGGAUGGCAAACUCCUGGAGGGCAGCGAUGUCAAGAUGAGCUGCAAGUCCAGCGACGGCUCUGACCCCAUCAACUACAAGUGGGAGCGAGUACUGGACAAAGGCAAGAGUCUGGGCAAACUGCCAAACCUGGCACUGAUAGAUCUCAAGAACCCAGAGCUCGUGACCCUGAGGAACCUCACCAUGGACAGCACAGGAGUCUACAGGUGCACAGCGAGCAAUGACGUGGGAGAGGAAAACUGCACCGUUGAGGUCACAAUGCAACAUGUGAAGGAUAUAGGGAAGGUAGCGGGUGCAGUGGUGGGAAUAUCCCUCGGUGUCCUCAUUGUCAUAUUAAUCAUCUGGCUCGUCUUCCGGAAGAAAGAGAAAAAGAAGUACGAGGAGGAGGAGACUCCAAAUGAGAUCAGGGAGGAUGCGGAGGCUCCCAAGGCCAAGCUCGUGAAGCCCAACUCCCUCUCCUCGUCCCGCUCAGGCAGCUCCCGCUCCGGCGCCUCCUCCACCCAGUCCAUGGUGCACAAUAGCGCCCAGCGCGGUCACCGCCCCCGCCCUCCCGCUGUGGCAGCUCUCAAGGAGAACGGACAGCCUCCAGGCUUCCCCCAGUCCCCUCCAGCCUACACUUCAGUGGUGCCCAAGACCCCCGAGCCCCCUGCCACUCCCAAAUACAACACCAGGAACAUGUCUGGGCCCACAGCCCCGACCCUCAUGGUCCCCGCCCAGACCAAGGCCUUUCAGACUGUGUAGGACUGAACGCCGACCACUUCCUGCAGCCAUGUGAGACUCCCAUCCCAGCCCGAGCCCCCUAGCCCCCCUUCCCAAAGACUAAGACUCUUCCAUAAACAAAGAAAUGCAACUAGUUAAAAGGAUGUAAUUAAAAGAAUCAAUAUUAUAAGUCCAAAAGUACUUUUAAUGAAUGCACACUUAAAAAGGGAAAAUAAGACAUGCUUGCCCCCUACUGAAUUACGUAAAACAACAAAACAAAAGAAAAAAACAAGACCUGAGAUGCAACACUGUUUGUUUCUCAUGCCUGAAGGCAGAACUUAUUUUCUGAGUUCCGUCUUUCGGCUUUGAAAAGGCACAGGGAAGUACCGCGUGCAGCGAGGUGGAAGGAGCCCCCUACAGUAGUAGAGCUUUUAUUUAUUUAUCAAAUCAAAGGGUUAGGCAUGCAGUGGAGAAAAAGAAAACGGAGACAGUAAAAGGCUGGAUGAUAAAGAAGAUCCAAACUCUGAGCCGGAUACCAACGGAGUCACACAGCUGUUGAGCUUUGGUCGUCGACGGAUACAAGAUGGAUACAAGCAGGGCGUAAACAAGGAGGACGAAAGUGUGAGACAGCUACUGAUUUUUUUUCUCUGGGAGGAGGGGGAGGAGGGGCGUGGGUUGAUUCUCUGAUUCAUGUCACCCGGCACCUCCGACUCGCUGCCUCCAGCACCUGCUCUGAAACCACAAACCCCUUUUGCCUCCCGUGGGCCGGGCCGAUUGUGCCCAUCCAUGUGGACAGACACAGUGUGCGGGCGUGUGCAUCAUCUGCCUCAGUGCUCUCGGUCUUCCGUGCUCUCCAUAACGAACCCGUGAGAAACCAUGGCGGUCCUGAGACUGACUCAGCUGUCUCGCAAAAACAGCUCAUCUGCUUUACCAAUCAGCAGGGGAAACUUCAGGUACAAUGAUGUAGCAUUGACGGUGGAGUCAAAUCAGCGGAGUUAAUACCUCCCCCUCCCACAUCCUGUCUACAUCUAUGGACAUCCUUUUCUGGUACUGAAUAUCUUUCCUGAAUAAUUAAAUAGUAUGUAUUAGGCCUAUAGCGAGUCAAUACUUUAAAUAUAGGGGAUAAGCAUCUAUUAGACCAGCUGGACUUGUUUUCUUUUCUUUCUAUUCUCCUGUGUUUCUUCUCUCUGAGCAGGUUGUAAAGGGUGACAGACAGCUAUAUGUCCAUUCAUCCAUAUUAAGAAGUGCCACCAAUCCCUAGGAUGGGUUAUUAUUGUUGCUUUUUUUUUUUACUCUUUUGUUUACCUGCUACAUUUCUGAACUGAAACCAAAAUCUGUCACCAUGAAUGUGUGAUGAACAAAGAUGGUGGAUCCCAUUCUUUUCAGCUCCCUAUAAGGUACCGAAUCAAUAUCCGAGCUAAGGCACAAAGAAUUGACCUUGACGUUCAAUUUUACAAUUACUAUGUCUGAAUGAAGGGAGCGAGGAGUAGGAUUCCAGAGACUUCAAUUGUAUAGGGUGUGUAUGGUAUCAUUGUCAGUACUCUCCCCGGAUCCAUAACAAUGGAGUGGCACUCGAUUGCUGUCUCGCUGAAUCACCGGGACCCUGCUUGGUUAUUGGUUCGAGCUGUGUGCUAUCAGCCAAUUCCCCUUUUGUCGUAUCCUCAGACAGACCCAGUGCAGUUUGAUUGAAAGUAUAUCUGAAAAGAAGGGGCAAGUAGCCUAUCUAUCUAGUGUGCCUUUGCAAUCCCCUCUUCUCCUCUGGUUUCUUCCUUUGUCCUUAUCUUCAGCACACCAGUGGUUAAGUCUCUGUUCACAUCCAGCUUUGAGGGUCAACGGUAGCAAAAUACUGAGAGAUACAACUUCACAGAACUGGCCCUAUAGUAAUACCAGAUGCAGUCUAUAGGGAGCACCAAGCAGAGUGAAUUAUCCAUGGUGAGAGAGCAAUCCCAUGCCAUGGGAAAACGUACUGUACAUUCUGUAAUCAGUCUUGUUUUAUAUUGUACAUACAGAUAGAUAUACGCACAUGAUGUCAUUUAAUUUAAUAAAUAAAGGUAUGUGAGGGGAGAUAUAUCCCUUACAGAAGAGUCAAAUGGGAAACCCCAAAAGUGAAUUUAAACCGUGUGUUUUUUUAGACACAUGUUGUGUGAACAAGUGAAGCCCCCUAUUCUGAUGUCAUAUUUUAUAUUUGAACUCAUGUGAAACAAAUAUUAUAUACCUAAUGGAAGUGUAGAAGAGAAAUGAACCUUGUCCAAAUCAAGAUAGUGGCCACAAAUAGUGGCCAGAUUGUGAUGAGAUGUUGUAUUGAUUUUACUGAUCCCCUGAGAAUAAUUUAUUCUUAUUUUUGGUGACCCUGUGACCUUUCCUCAGGCAACGCCAUUGGGUACAAAUUUCCCCUUGACCACAAAUUGGUCAUUGAUCUUGAAAAGUAACUGCCAGAUUCCCAUAAAAUCUUCUACAAGUAUUUAUAGUCAACACAUAAUGAAUAUUUUGUUGACCCCUGAUCCUUUAAUCUGGUGCACCAUCCAGCUAAAAUGUCCAAUUGUGCACUUUUAUUUUAAUGGUUCACAGGACAAACUAAAUAAUUUAAGCUCCUAGGUUCUAAGAAAAAAUGCCAGUAUGUCCAACAUCUUAAUAUUAUACCUUAUGAUGAAUAUUGCUAUUCUCUCUGGGCCCGUAGUGGGGCGAGCUUUAAUCUUUCUAAAUCUAAAUUUUCACACUGGAGUAAAAAUACAUACGAUGAAAUCUCAAAAGUUCUGAAAACCAACAUCCGUCUGAAAAGCACAUGGGGUUUGACUUCACAUGCGGGAUUUCACAUAUGAUUUAUAACUGUAAGGGAAUAUGAGAAAAAAAUGCCUUUUAUAUUCAACUAGAGACAGCGGUUCAUAUUUGAGCAGGGAAGCUACUGUGUGUGUGCGCGCGUGUGUGUGUCUGUGCGUGCGUGCUUGCGUGCAUGCAUGCAUGUUUGUGAACGUGUGCGAGUGUGUCUGUGUGGGUGUGUGCAUGUAAAUUCAGUAUAAGCCCUUGGGCCACACCCACACAUUCUCAUGUUAGCCAUUCAAAUGAGUGAGAAGGAUCCAGUCAGGCAAAGUAACCUCUGUCCAAAUUGAUAUGACUGCAGACUGGCAGUGUUUAUUUUAGUUUCCACAGACUUCUCUGCCUAUUGAACUUGGCUUCACAGGCAGCAAGUCAUGUUUUUGCUUGUGGGGGUGGCGUCUCGAGACAAAGCACGUCCAUAAUUCAUAAUAUUGUCAGCUCUGGAGGCCACUUGUACGCUCUCUCCUUGCUCUUGCUGUCUCUUAACAUAGAAUGCACUCGGCCCUGGGUGUACUGAUGGCAUCUCAAGGCGCACACAAACACACACACUCACACACACAAUACAAAACAGGUCAAAGUUGUAUAUACACGCAGGUACACGUGGCACAUUCAGGUCCGCACGGAAAUACAGGUGUGUGCUUCACGCACAUUCACAGUUGCACGUAUGCGCUCACAAACACACACACACACACACACACACGGUUUGCACAAACAUAAAGCCCCAAACUGCAGUCCUUGUUAUUUCUGCUCCUUCAGAAUCAAUUUGAUGGAUCGAAUGUCUCGAGGUAUUCUGACUGACUGAUGGAACCGGGAUACUAAAUGCAGCACAGAAAGGGACACUCUACUCUGCAUCACCCAGGGGACAUGUGCACACACACUCACUCACACAGUUACUGUAACAAAACACACACGUGCAUGCAAACACACAACUCUGCUAUGCAUCUUAACAAUCUGGAUAGCAUAUGCUUCAAGACUUUUUCUUUUUUCCAUGGGAAUCUGCGAGAGUAGCGCUGGGAAUCGGGAGAGGUAUAACAGGAUUGAUUAUGAGCCAGGGCUGUAGGCUCUUGCCAUUGAAAUUCCCUCCACCACAGAUGAAAGUAUAGCAGUGGAGGUGGAGGGUGGGAUGCAAGUCUUCCAGCUGUUAAAUUCCUCCCAAGCUUUUUGAUUUGCUUUCCAGCAACCGCAAGUCUCAGGUGGCAGAUUCCCCAGUUUAUGAGCCCUCGCAUUGCAUCUCUCCUCUCAUGUGUGCAGCUUUGUGGCCUGACAAACUUGCGCUCUUUCCAACAAAAUGAAUUUUAAGGAGCUUUUGUCAGUUCAGCGGAGAGCGGAGGAGGGAAGUCUUAACACACCUCAGAGUGUCAGCAGCACAUCCAAUAUCAUUCUUUAAAACAGUUACCAUCAGCACUAUAUAAUGUCUUAUUAUCAACACUCAAAGGUGCAGUAAACAUGAAAUCGUUAAGUGGUUAUCCUGCGUUAUAUGAUAGGAGUAUGAACCUCAUGUAGCCACUAUGUUUUAUGUUCUAUUAAGCAGUUUUAUUUCUGAUUAAAGCUGUUGAGCAGGGCAAAGUGAUGCUCAGACUUUGUGGUUUGGCCUUGUAUGUCAGUAUAGGGGAAUGUGAUGUAUUGUUGCUUUUGAGAGAGGAGAUGGACGGGGCUGUAGUCAACCUCCAGAAGGAAAGCAAAGGUACCUGCAUGUCAUAGGAGAUUGAGCAGACGAACGGGAAUGCUUUGCUUUGAUGUAACAUAACUGUAUUCGGCUAAAAAUAGAAGAAAAAAAAAAAAGAAAAUCUACAAUUGUAAAUAUAUUCACAGAAAAAUUUUAUGAAGCUUUAUUUUUGUCUUCUUCUUUUUUUUUGAAUUUAUCAUCCAUGUACUUUGCACUUUUUUUGUGUGCUAUGCUCAUCACCGGCCUGUGUGGGAUCUGUGUGGUCGGCUGUUUCUCUUGACUACAUUGUCUGGAUGUCAGGGGGAGACACGCUCAGCGCGGCGUCACUUAAAGGGAAAUGUAAGACACUUUUUUGUUUUCUUUACUCUCAUCUGUUUUUUCUGCCGUGGCUUCUCUUUGGUUUUAUAAAACAGUACAGAAUUUUUUUCGUUUGUUCGUUUGAUGAAAACAAUCCAUGUAAAUAUCACAAGUAAAAAAAUGUAUAUUUUUACGACUUCUGAGUUAUUACUCUUUCAUUUGCAAAUAAAAUAUUCAAUGACAACUUAA